AUGAUUAGAGAAUUCUUGAUAUUGAUAUGAUGAGGAAAAUCAUGUCCAUAUUUUGGUACCACAAUUGCAAACUUAUAUCACCAAUAUUGAUGCUCCAAGAAGCCUUCUACAAAACUUCUCACAGCUAUGGCACUCUCAACAUCAUGCUUGAUCAGUAAUGGGCCUCAAUAACUCAAGCAGAUGCUCGAGUGCUGAUCCAGAAACUGGUGGGUUCUCCUCCAGCACCCUCAAAUACUUUAAAUAUCUCAGAUUUUAUAAUUAAUUAAAAUCUAAAUGAAAAUUUCUCUAGCAAUCGUACUUUGCUUGGCUCUUGCUAUGACAAGUGCCUUCAGAAUCAGACAAGGUAAUGGAAUGGGACAACUCAUGGCUGACAUGCAACAAGGUAUCCAAGAUGGUAACCAAGCUCUUACUGACACCGAAGGACUCCUCAACGACGCCACUGAAGCCACUGAAGGCAUGGCUAACCAAUUCAUUGGACAAGGUCUCAACGCUGCUGGACAAUUCACUGGAGCUGCUGUUGGAGGAACUAGACUUCAG